UUUCCGUGUCCGGUAGUGUUGCAAAACAGAGGUUUGUGGAGUGAAAGGACACUUCAUAGAGACGCUGAGGAGACUCUAAACUCUCAAUACGAGUUCACUCAUGGGACAGUUUUCAUCUUCAGAAAGUUCUGCAAUCGGCCUGUCUCUUGAAGGCUUAACAUGUCUUGGAUUGAAGAGGAUUCUGCUCUCUACUUUUGUGCUGCUGUCUGAAGUCCUCCAGGUGUUGAGGGGGGCUGGUAAGGUGGGCGCUGCGUUUACCAGCACUCAGGGUGAGCAGCUCCGACUGAUGGCCUGCAACUCCACGUUUGGCGCAGGAAUGAAAGCUGCAGCAGAAGCAGUCGAGGGUGUGAUGGGAACCGUCAUGGGAGGAGGAGACAUGACUUCUAAGACUGAUGAGUUUGCUGGAAUUGAGAAGUGGGAGGAGAUGGACCUGGAUGAAGCUGCAAAGUGGUCGGUCGCCUCAGAAAUGCCACCAGACUUUUCCAGUAAAGACGGAAGGGGUGAAACAUCAGAGACACCUGUUGGUGCUGCUACUGGCACCAUUAAAGGAGCCGGCUGGCCUGCUCAAAACACUCGAUUCUUGCAUGUUUCAGCAUCUCAACACCAUUUUAGGUUUGUCCAUGACUCUAUAGUGGCCAGGUUGAGUCCUGAAGACAUUCAAAGGGCAAGGGAGGCAAAACAGAACAUUGCCAGGCCUGUUAGACAAAAGCUUAAUGAACGAGCCAAAGAAAGGAAGGUACCUGCUACACGCAUUAGUCGACUUGCCAAUUUUGGGGGAUUAGCUGUUGGGCUUGGCAUUGGAGCCAUUGCUGAAGUGGCGAAACAAUCUUUUGGUGGAAAACGCUCUGAGGUGGGGGCUCUUUUAGACUCUCCUCUGCUGUCGGAGGCCAAUGCAGAGAGAAUAGUGAACACGCUGUGUAAGGUUAGAGGAGCGGCCCUCAAGAUUGGACAGAUGCUGAGCAUUCAGGACAAUAGCUUCAUUAACCCUCAACUUCAGAAAAUAUUUGAGAGGGUUCGACAGAGCGCUGACUUCAUGCCAGCCUGGCAAAUGCAUAAAGUGCUUGAGGAGGAGUUAGGCUCUGGAUGGAGGGAGAAACUCUCAUCAAUUGAGGAAAAGCCUUUUGCUGCUGCCUCCAUUGGACAAGUUCAUCAUGGAGUUUUGCCUGGUGGGAAGGAAAUCGCUAUGAAGAUACAGUACCCUGGUGUUGCUGAAAGCAUUCAUAGUGACAUCAACAAUCUGAUGUCUGUUCUGAAGAUGAGUGUUGUUCUGCCUGAUGGUCUGUUUGCUGACAGUAGCCUUGAGGUCCUUCAGAGAGAGCUGGCAUGGGAAUGUGACUAUGAAAGAGAGGCGAAGUGUGCCAAGCGCUUCAGGAAUUUGCUGAAAGGAGAUCCAGUGUUUGUGGUGCCUGAGGUGUUUGAUGAGCUGUCGGCUCGUCGUGUGAUCACUAUGGAACUAGUCAAUGGAGUUCCUCUGGAUCGCUGUGUUGAUCUGGACCAGGAGACUAGAAAUGAGAUCUGUUUUAACAUCCUGCAGUUGUGUUUGAGAGAGCUGUUUGAGUUCCGCUUCAUGCAGACGGACCCUAAUUGGUCCAACUUCUUUUAUAAUAGCGAGCAGAACAAGAUAUUCUUGUUGGAUUUUGGAGCCUGCCGGGAUUACCCAGAGUUAUUCACAGACCAUUACAUAGAGGUGGUACAUGCCGCAUCAGUCGGAGACAGAGCUACAGUUCUGAAGAAAUCUAAAGACCUGAAGUUCCUCACCGGCUUUGAAGCCAAGGCAUUUGAGGAUGCGCACGUGGAGGCAGUUAUGAUCCUGGGCGAAGCGUUCGCAUCUGCAGAAGCAUUUGACUUCGGCACUCAAAGCACCACGCAACGCAUCCAGAGCCUGAUCCCAGUCAUGCUCCGCCACCGCCUCACUCCUCCACCAGAGGAGUCCUACUCACUGCACCGCAAAAUGGCCGGCUCCUUUCUCAUCUGCUCCAAGCUGAAGGCCCGCUUUUCCUGCCGAAACAUGUUCCUCGAUGUUUAUAACGCAUACAAGAGACAGCAACAGGAGAGACGCAGCCAGGUUUAGAGUUGUUUUCUUGUGGACGUUAAUUAACUGAACGGACUUUACUGCACUACAUGUGCAGUAUUUUCUUUUAUGUGUGAUGGGAGUGAAUAAUUGGGUGGCUUAUUUGUGUCAAACAAUUAAGAUGUUUAUUUAGAUUUACACACUACAAGACAAAUUUUUGGAAAGGCUAAGAUUUGUUAAUGUUUAAAAAAGACAAUUCUGCUCACCAAGGCUGAAUUUAUUUGAUAAAAAUAACAGUAAAAUCAGUUUAAAACAUUCAAUUUUUUUAAUUACUAAAUUAUUGAAUGUAGUUUCAAAUGUAAUUUGUUGCUGAAUUUUCUUCAUCAUUAAUUCAGGUUUCUGUGCCACAAUCCUUCAAAAAUCAUAAUAUAAUGAUUUAUUACUAUUAUUAUUAUUAUUAUUAUUAUACUAUUAUUAUUAUUGGUACAAAAACACUGAUAUUAAUGAUUCUUACAGUUAUCAGUGCUGAAAAUGUUUUUUUCUUGCUUCAUAGUAUCAUGGAAAAAGAUGCAUUUUAUUUUUAGGAUUUUUUUUUGAUAAAGAAGAAAAUAAUAGUUUUAAUUUGUGUUUUUUUUUUCAUUUAAAAUAUUAACCAUGUGUAAAAAUAUAGAAAUAGUAUAAUAUAAAUAAUAAUAAUAAACUUUUAGAAUUUCAGCACUGUUAAUUAUAAGAUUUAUUGGUAUUAGUACCAAUAAUACUACUAUUUACUAGUACUAUAAUAACUGAUCAUAAAUAAAACCGCAAAUCAUCAUAUUUUAAUGAUUUGUGAAUGAUGUGACACCGAAGACUGGACGGAAAUUCAUCUAUGACUCACUGAAAUAAAUAAAAAUUGAAACUCCAUUCAAUAAGAAAACAGCUAUUUAAAAGUGUAAUAAUACCUCAAAAUUGAAUAGUUAUUUGAUGAAAAUUUUAUUGUAUUUUUCUUCAAAUAAAUGCAGUCGCAGUAAGCAGAAAUGGUAUCUGUUAAAACAUUGAAUAAAUCUUGCUGUUUCCAAACUUUUGACUGGUAGUGUACAAGUGAGGAGUUGAGUUGUUCAGUACUGCGCUGCUGUAUCUAUGUGCUUCGAUAGUUUCUCUUCUUUCCACAUUCUCAUUCACUUCUAAUUGAACAUCUCGCUGAGCAUAUUUGUUUAUACUGUAGGCUGUUAGUAUCAUUGCAAAAAAGCUUUUAAAAUCUGGACAUUGCAACUAAUUGAAGACUCUAGCUCCAAUUGAGUGGCUUGAAGAAGUCUGUGAUGAAAGAUGUGCUUCUUACAGUGGAAUUAAAUGUAACAAAUUGAAUUGUACCAUAAUUGCAAUUUAUCUUUCACUGAUUUAGCAAUAAAAGUGACUGUCAUACUCCAACUAAAAUCGAAGUAAGUAGCGAUAUUUGAAUAUGAAAAUCAUGAUCAUCCAUACUUUAAAGCUGGACUUUGCAAACAGGCUAGGCAUAAAUAAAACACUUGUUUAAGAGAUUUGUUUGAUCAAAUAUUUGAUCACAAUUAAAUAUGUUUGGAUUAAUGAAA